UUACCCUAGGCUUUUCGGCGAUGGGCUACGUGCCGCACGUAUUGCAUUGCGAAUAGGUGUGAUCUAAGUAGUACGACGGCUUUGUUUUAAUAUUGACACUGAGAAAGGGUACCAAGCACUGUCGCUUGGAGCAAAGCAGUCUAAAGCGGUGCCGGUCCAGACACGAAUCAAAUUCCACUCCACAUUUUUCACCUUCUUCAUUUUUUCUCGGUAAUUUAUCCCAGGCAUAGCAAAAUUCUGUCAUGUUUCAAGCGGCUGCCCGUAGGUUUGUGUCAUGCCAUCAUUAGCUAUGCAUUUGAGCCGGAUUGUCGUGUGUAGCCUAGGAUGAACGUAAAGUUUGAAAACUCAAUGCCUUGGGCUCGUUUGGUUUGGCUUUCUCACGUAAAUACUCUCAGUUCUGUGGGGUUGACAUGUGCCGCUUUAACAUUUCUUGUCUCUGCGAAAGGCAAGGAAAAGAUGGAGAUCUCGAUUCAUUUGCCACGGGGAAUAUUGAAUAAUUCAGUCUGACGGUGGCAUUUAACGCACAUCGAUCUAGAUUUGUGGCAUCAACAUCAACAAUAUGAGGUUUUAAAUAAUUGUACUGUUUGAUUUCAACCCUCAGUGAAGGGAAAAUGUUUUGACGGAAGAGAAGGUAAGAAAGACCAGAAUAUUAUGGCAAGGAUUUGUUUUUUUCAUCUAAAGGUCGGAUUUAUUCAAGAUUUUAAAUUCACUGCGGUGGUCAUCAUGAAAUAUAGGCUAUUGCAAGGAAUGCUGGUCGUUGCGAUUUUUGAGCAGAUGAGACUUUCUAACGGAUUUUACAGGGAAUAAAUGCAAAUAACGUAUGGAGAGAUACGUCCCCCUUUAAAAUGUUAAUUUAAGACCUAACCAUACAUGACAUUGAUGGUGAAAACACAAGUGCGUUGUGGGUUUAGCCAUUAUUAUUAUUUAUUAAUCUUCGUCUCUGAUAAAUCCAUGCCAGACAACCUGGAUGAGGUCAGGGCGCUCGAGCAUUGCAACGCUAACCUAAGUUAACAUAAUAGCUUUAUGUCCAUGCAGGGCAUGGACGUGAACAACAGAACAACUUUUCCCUCGCUUUUGCCACAGGGCGUAAUGGAGCUGAUUGCCAUCUUACGAAUUCAAGCUAACAGAAAGCCUAGGUAGAGACUGAAAAAAACGACGAAUGCCCUCCCAUCUUAACGCCGGGGGAUUCAUCAUCGUUUUCUGUCAGAAUUUCUACUAUCAGGAUGUCAGUCACUUCCACAGUUGAGAAGAGUGUGGAGCCAAACGGAGUUGAAACCUACGACAGCGGGGAUGACUGGGAAAUUGGGGUUGGUAAUUUGAUAAUUGACUUGGAUGCCGAUUUGGAGAAAGACCGACAGAAAUUGGAGAUGAAUCGUUUCGUGAAUAGCAAAGGCAGCUCAAAAGAUUGCGAGGGGCUGGCAUCUACUUGUUCUAAAGCAACAUCAGCCAUAUCAGGUGGCCUUACAUUUCCAUCCGUCCAGCCCCCCGGUCCCUCGGGAAAUUACAACAAGGAGAAUGGUAAAUCCAAAGUGAAAAGGAGCAAAACUUGUAAGGACAUCUGUAAAUCUGCCUCGGCUCCUACCCUGUUUGGACUUCCUGAUAUAUAUGCUGGUAAAACGCAAGACGCUCAAGGACGCCCAGGAGAAGCGUUUGGGAUGAAUUCAGCACUGGGCCAAGCGGUCAGUAACCCAAACACUAGUGAUGUAACCGUUUCAUGCGCCAAAGGCAAAGAGGAAAAAAAUGGCAAAAAUCAAACCAGGGGAUUGAAAAGGGAGAGGGAUGUCGCCAGGGCGAAGAAAGAGAAGCAAGAUGUUAAACAAACGAGCCCCGACUUCAGUCCUGUAUCUGGCAAUCGGUGCGGAUUUGCUGGAAAAGGGAGCCCGUGUCAUUGCGGAGACAACGGGAUAGGAGACAUUUCCAAAAGUGGCAUGGAUUCAGGGAUAAUGGGCAACACUAUUGUCGGAAAGAAGAACGAUGACGAAAUCGGCACACCUGCAAAGAAAUUGAAAACCGAGAAGGUGGAACCCUUGUUCCCAGCGCCUGCCUUGCCACCGUCGACCGCCCAAGCCCCGCCCUCUUACGCCCCCUCGUCCCCGCCCAUAUCCUCCCCGUCCGAACAGCUGCUGGUGCGGACCCGGUCCAUCGGCACCAACACCCGGGAGACGGGCAAUGGCACCGACCCGGCCUGCCUGGGGCCCUGCGAGCCUGGCACCAGCGUGAACCUGGAGGGCAUCGUGUGGCACGAAACCGAGGAAGGGGUCCUUGUGGUGAAUGUAACAUGGAGGAAGCGGACCUAUGUUGGGACUCUGCUGGACUGUACUCGGCAUGAUUGGGCUCCACCCAGAUUUUGUGAAUCCCCAAGCGAUUUUGAGAUGCGGGGGGGCCGGGGACGGGGGAAGCGGAUGCGGCUGGCCAUCCCGAACAUCCCGGGGGUCGAACCCGGUUUCCCGAAGGUGAGAGGACUGCCGCACAAGAGCCGGGGCGGGGCCAUUCACGGCAAAGGCCGGCGGGGAAGCCUGAACCUGAUCAGCAGCUGCAAGUCGCCCCCGUUCUUCACGGUGGAGGAGCUCCAGCCCGGCUCGCUGAUGGCGGGAAAACGCAAAAGCAAGCCGCCGGCGGAUCUGGAUCUGAGCCUCGUCGGCGAGGACACCAAAACGGGCAAGCGAAUUCGGGCGAAGUCCAGGAGCGCUCCGUCCACCCCGCAGGGGAAGUCGGACCCCACGUUCUUGGACCAGGGAUGCUCAUCGCCAACACUGAUCGACUGCCCGCAUCCCAACUGUAACAAGAAGUACAAGCAUAUCAACGGACUGCGGUACCACCAGACCCACGCCCACUUGGACAUCGACCGCAAGAUGGAGUUUGAGGUGGAGAGCGAGGACAGGUUCUCCGACUGUGAGGAGUCCUUCAGCAACAUAAGCUUGGAAUGCACGGAGAGCAACUGCAGUUCCCUGAAGAAGCCAAGCCCUCUGUGCAAAAUGAGCACAUUAGGGGUGCCAAAGAACAGAAGAGUCAUGCUAGGCAAUGAUGGAGGUACCGGGACAAACUCUAAAACGCGUAGGAAUUCAGGGACCAAAGGACUUGUCGAUAGCUUGAGUAACCUUCCGAUCAUCUCCAACAUGACUGUGGUGCUUGAGAACUGUCUUGUGACUGACAGGAGCUCAUCGGCAGAGAUGCCCAAGCUGGAAGCUGAGGGCCUGAUUGAUAAAAAAGGUGCGAGUGACAAGAGCAAAAAAGCCAACGGUAAAACCGACAAGUGCUCAUCCAAAGCUAAAACCACCAGGCCGAUCGCUCCCGCCCCUCCUCCGCCUAAACUGAUUGCGAUUCCCACGGCGGCUUUCGCCACCAACGCCACGGGAGCCAUUGCCCAGCGGUCGACGUCCGUCACGGCUGUUACUCACACUACGGCCAAGAGCCCCCCUCUCAAACCCAUCAAGCCAAAGGCGACCAUCUUGGGAGAGCCAGGUUUAGCGAACGCUUCCUUGGUCACUUGCAAAGACAACAGGAGGAAAGAGAAACGGCGGCUAAAAGACAGGGGAUGCAAGGAGGUCAGGAGUCCCAAAUCCGACAACAAGCUCUUGAAAGCCGACGACGGAAAGGUGGCGGUUAAGGAAUUUCCUGUGAGCCUGUUGAAGGAGCACCUGAGCAAACAGGAAGUGGCUAACGGCCUGUCGGAGUCUCAAGAGAGUCGCAUGGCCAGCAUCCGAGCUGAGGCGGACAAGGUCUACACGUUCACCGACAACGCGCCCAGCCCUUCCAUCGGCGGCUCUUCCAGGCUGGACAGCGGCGUCCUCGCGAACGGGGACGGCGCCACUAACAAGACCAACAGCCCCGCUUACUCGGACAUAUCCGACGCGGCCGACGACGGGGGACUGGAUAGUCGCUCUGAGGGAGCGAGGUCCAAAACGAGCUUGCCCGCUGAUAUUAACGCCAACAAGGAGGGUACGGUCAAGGGAUUCCCAACCACGCCACCUCAAGCAGCUCCUGGAAAAGAACCUCAGUCCCCUUAUUACCAUGGAUACGACCCCUACUAUCUCCCGGGAUAUAUGCACACCGGGCAGCCAAACGCGUCUGCUUUUCCAAACAGCACAUCGACCCACGAGGACAAGACUAAGAAGGAAGAGACGAAGGAAGGAGCUGAGGACAAGGAAAAGGCUGAUUUUUCCGAGGCUAAAAAAGCAGACGCGGCGAAUUCAAGUUCGCAGUCCCAUCUUCAGCUGGCUAUGACCCAGACGCAGACCGCGCUCGCGCAGUCGCUGUACUACGGACAGUACGCCCGCGGACUCUACAUGGAUCAGAAGCUGUUGAUGGUUUCCAACUCGUACAGGCAGCCGUACGAGAAGUAUUACGACAAUCAGCAGUUCGCCGAGCAGAAAGCAGCGCCCCUGUCGAAUCGCGAAGGGGAGCAAUCGAAGGAGGACGCGAAACAGAAGAUGAACUCGUCGGCUGUGGCGUCGAAAGCUGCCGACGCGGCUAAGAGCUGCUGCGGUAAGCCUGCGGUGUCUAACGCCGAGGAGUCUGGGAGGCCGCAGCUCCCAGCCGCUCAGCAUCACCAGGGAAAGUCGGCCUCCAUCAACGAGGCCGAAAAUCAGCAGCUCGUCAAAGAAUCUGGAGACAUGAAACCUGCCACUGAGCCUGUGAAGCAAACAACUCUGGAGCCAAAAUUACCAUUUGCUCAUGAGUCGGAAGGCCAGAGUUGGUAUAACCCGUAUCAGUCCACGUACGCAGAACAGCAAGCGCAGGAGGUGGUCGAGGAGGUAAGUGCUGACAAGGCCAAGGGAAGGGAUGUGUCCCCUGGGUCUCUGACUCAGAUGGAGGCGGAGCCCGAAGACGCCAAGAGGCAGGACGCCCAUCCCGGGUGCGCCGAGGACUCCGGCAAGCUGGAGGAGCAGGAGGCCGCGGGGGCCGCGCCCGGAGACUCGAGGAACGCCAGGGUUGCCGUCUCCUCGCCCAUGAACCCCCACCAGUCCUACAUCCAGUACCAGCACGCGUACCCCUACCUGCAAAUGUGCGACCCGAGCAACACUGCCUACCGGGUGAUGUCACCGGCCCUGGUGCACAACUACCCAGGCUUCCACUAUCCCUUAUAUGGGAAAACUGCGGGCAGGGAGGAGUCUGAGGUAGCCCACAGCAGCCGUGGAAUCACCAACAAGCCCCCCUGUGACUCCACCGCUCUCGAGUUACUGCAGCACCACAACUUGCCAUACCACGGCAAAUCUCCUGCGCCGGGGGAGAGGGGAUCCCCGGAACGGGAGAGGGAGACGGAGCGGGACAGGGAGCACGCGCCCUUCGCCCGGCACCUUCACACCCAUCACCACACGCACCUGGGCGUGGGGUACCCCCUCAUACCUGGGCAGUAUGACCCCUACCAAGGGUUGAGUUCUACGGCCCUGGUGUCCAAUCAGCAGGUGCCAGCUCAGACGUCCGCGGCUGGGAACGACGGAAAGAUUUGAACCUACAGCAUGUGACGGGAUCACAUGACGAUGGGGCGGAUCCACAGACAUCAAUUCCAUGGUGUUAUUCAUCGCCUCCAUGGGAGGCACAAACCAGUUUAAACCAGUUUAAACCAGUUUUCAUUUCUUAUCAAUGAAGAUUUUAUAAGAGUUCUAAAGCUGUUGUUAUGCGAUGAUCGGUGGAACAUAUUUACUGCUUGACUGUUUAUUUUGUAACGGUGAAGAGGACUCUGGGGAAUCUCGCCGUUGGCUCGCAGCUGCUGGACAGGAACGAAAAAGUGUACGCCUAGCGAAUCAAGCAUCAGCCACAAAAAAAAAAUAAAAAAUUAUAACGCAGUAUUACUUUGUAUGUAUGGACAUGUGUCAUUGUGUAUUUGUGUUACUGAAUGUAUUGAAUAUUGCAGCAUCCCCGAGACGUUUGGAAGGGGACUGCAGUAGAAGUAACACUACGUACAAGUAACUAUGAAGUGACUCCUUCUGUAUUACUGAAAUUGCAUCUGUAUACACUUGACUGUAUUCACCCCUCUAUUGUAUCGUAUUAUGUGAGAGUAAAUAUACACUGAGUUUCUUUUUUUAAAAUCCAGUGCCAUAGAACUGUGGUGUAUAUUCUGUAUAUAGCUAAUCGGCAGAGUAUAACGCGCUUGUGUAAAUUCUUUUUUUAUUUUACGGCGUAGUCUGGCAGUUUAACCCAGUUCACCCGCAUAGCAUCUGUGAUUGUUCUACUUGAAUAGUGCUGCAAUCUUUAAAUGUUUACAAGUAUUGACAUGUAGGGAGAACCCUCACUGCUGUUGCCUGGUUAUUUAUUUAAUGCUGUAAUCAAGUUUAUUUUACGUUAAUGUCAAAUGUACAUUGAAAUUGCAGUUGUUUUUUUAUACCUGCCUUAAAAAUGUUUGGCAAUCAAAAUUAAAGAAAAAGAUGUUUAUAUA